AAGAAAUGGACCCAAAAGUUCUAUAGUCCAACAUGUUAACACCAUAAGCAUGCACAAUUGCAUACCACCAAGAAAUGGGCCAAAAAUUCUAUAGUUCAACAUUUUAACACAUCAAGCAUGGCCAAUUGCGCAUGCCAGCAUCAAUCGAGGCCAUUCCUAACUGCUGGGGCUUUUGCUUGUUGCCUUGUUGAAAUAAUAACACAGCACAAUUCAUGGGAUGUGGUUAUAUAUUAGUCCCUUGAUGUAGCAUAUUGUCCGGGUAGAAGAUAGCAAUGCCCCUUUAGAUGAAUCAAGUUUCAUGCACGCUACAAGCCUUCCGCAAUCUUUUGAAGACAUGCAUAGCAGAGAGGGAUCUCUUAACAGGAAAAUCCCUCCACGCACUUUACAUCAAGUCUCUCGUUCCAUCUUCAACCUACCUCUCCAACCACUUCAUCCUCCUCUACUCCAAAUGCCGCCGCCUCAUGGCUGCCCGCAACUCUUUCGAACAGACCCCAGAACCGAACGUCUUCUCUUUCAAUGCCAUUAUUGGUGCUUACGCCAAAGAAUCGCUCACUCACAUUGCCCGCCAACUGUUCGAACAAAUUCCCGAACCUGACAUUGUCUCUUAUAACACCCUGAUUUCAGCUUACGCGGAUUGUGGGGAGCCUGAACCUGCCUUUCACUUGUUUACGAGUAUGAAAGAGAUGGUUCUUGACAUGGAUGGCUUUACAUUAUCUGGUGUCAUCACUGCUUGUUCCAAUGAUGUUUGUUUGAUCAGGCAGUUGCAUUCUUUUGCGAUUUUGGUUGGGUUUGAUUCCUAUGUAUCUGUGAAUAAUGCACUUAUUGCGAAUUAUAGUAAGAAUGGCUUUUUGGAGGAAGCAAAGAGGAUAUUUUAUGGGAUGGGGGAGGGUCGGGAUGAAGUGUCUUGGAAUUCGAUGAUUGUGGUGUAUGGGCAGCACAGAGAAGGGGCAAAAGCACUGGCAUUGUUUCAGGAAAUGGUUCGUAGGGGUCUAGAUGUUGAUAUGUUUACUUUGGCAAGUGUCUUGACUGCAUUUACAUGUUUAGAGGACUUGUUAGGAGGGCUUCAGUUUCAUGCUAAGUUGAUUAAAACUGGUUUUCACCAGAAUUCCCAUGUAGGGAGUGGUUUGAUUGAUUUGUAUUCAAAGUGUGGGGGUGGAAUGUUGGACAGUAGGAAAGUAUUUGAAGAGAUUCCUCAACCGGAUUUGGUUCUCUGGAACACAAUCAUUUCAGGGUAUUCCCAAAAUAAAGAAUUCUCUGUGGAGGCCCUUGAGAGUUUCCGGGAUAUGCAACGUGUUGGGUACCGCCCAGAUGAUUGUAGCUUCGUGUGUGUGAUUAGUGCAUGCUCCAAUUUGUCAUCCCCUUCUCAGGGAAAACAGCUUCAUGCAUCUGCACUGAAAUGCGAAUUCCCUAACAGGAUUUCAGUGAAUAAUGCUCUAGUUGCAAUGUACUCUAAAUGUGGUAAUCUUUUGGAUGGCAGGAGGUUAUUUGAUAGGAUGCCAGAGCAUAACGCUGUUUCAUGGAAUUCAAUGAUUGCAGGCUAUGCACAACAUGGUAUUGGAACGGAGUCAUUGCUUCUCUUUGCACAGAUGCUAGAACGAGGAAUUACACCUACAAGCAUAACCUUCAUCUCUGUUCUCUCAUCCUGUGCUCACACUGGAAGAGUUGUUGAAGGCUGGAAGUAUUUCAACAUGAUGAAAGAGAAGUUUGGAAUUGAACCAGAAGCAGAGCAUUAUUCCUGUAUGAUUGAUCUUUUGGGUCGAGCAGGCAAGCUGAGUGAAGCUGAGAGGUUAAUUGAGGCUAUGCCUUUUGACCCUGGUUCCAUCUGUUGGGCUGCAUUACUUGGUGCUUGUAGAACGUAUGGGAACAUGCACCUAGCAUUGAAGGCAGCCAACCAGUUUCUUCAGCUGGAGCCUUCAAAUGCUGUACCAUACGUCAUGCUUGCAAAUAUGUAUGCCAGUGCUGGGAAAUGGGAAGAAGUAGCUUCAGUUAGAAAGCUUAUGCGAGACAGGGGUGCAAGGAAGAAACCUGGUUGUAGUUGGAUUGAAGUGAACAAGAUGGUACACGUAUUUGUGGCUGAAGACAGUUCACAUCCAAUGAUCAAAGAAAUUUACAAGUAUUUGGAGGAGAUGUCAAGGAAGAUGAAGCAAGUUGGCUAUGUUCCAGAUUUCAGAUGGACUUUAGUUAAAGAUGAUGAGAUUGAACCAGAAGAGAAGGAGAUGAGGUUAGGACAUCACAGUGAGAAGCUAGCUGUUGCAUUUGGGCUGCUUUCAACCAAAGAUGGGGAGCCUAUAUUUGUGGUGAAGAACCUUAGGAUGUGCGGAGAUUGUCAUAAUGCAAUCAAGUUUAUCUCUGCUAUUACCAGAAGGGAGAUCACUGUCAGGGACGCCCGUAGGUUUCAUUGCUUCAAGGAAGGUCAUUGCUCCUGCGGGGAUUACUGGUGAUGAUAGUUAGCUCUCAUACUUUAGUUCCUCCGCAGCAAAGACUUAUUCAAGGAAGGUUGCUCUUCAAAGUUACACCUGCAGGCUAGAUAGAGAAUGCAUUGGCUAUCUCAUGCUGUUCAAGUUCCUUAUUUACCUUCACAUUCCUUGUUGAUGAUUGCUCUCAAUUGAGCCUUCUUCCAUUUGUAUGCUAUUCAAAUUCUAAACAAUUCUUUGCAGGAAUUUUCAGUAUCUUAUGUAACUGAAUGUAGCCAAAAUUAUGAUUUAUAGUGGAGACCUUUUCCAUU